AUGUCCAUGUCCAGCCCAAAUGCAGCACCCGUCUCCCCGAUAUCUGAGGCAUCGAGUGCUCGAGGAGACAUGCAAGCCACCGACCUGCAGGGUGCUGAGGAAACCUUGACUCCCAUCAAUCCGACCAUCUCAACCAGCAGCGCACAAAUGCCGCCGUGGUUGCGUGAAGCUGUCGCGGAACGAAAACGUCAGCUCGCGAUCGCUCGCUCGCUACACGCCCCAGAAGAUCCGAAGAUCCGUAACAACGAGAACGACGAUAAAUUCCAAGUCGGUUUGCUAAAGGACUCAAGCGAACAGCACUUUGGUGUGUUUUGUAACGAGCGAUAUCACCAGCACCAGUACGUUUCCGAAUGGCUGAACGGACUGCCGGAGCGACUAAUCGAAGGUUGGGAGACUGUGCUGCGAGAAGAAGUCCAGGAAACCUUUGGAGAGAAGUCGAGGAAGCAGCUCCGCAUGGAUGACCAAGGAUACGACAUUAUCGUCAGCCAGAAGAGAGAAACGUUUUUCGAAGACAUUGAGUCGGAAGAAUUUGACUUUUGUCCGGGUACGGUGCCCAUCCCCGACGGCUAUUCUUCCACGGACGGCGAUGAAGGGGACGACGACUUCUUGAUCAAGGUGCUUCUGGGCAGGAAGCGCCUCAUGCAGGCUGAAAUAUCGGUCAAAAGACUCAAAAUGGGACUCAAGCACGUCACAAGCGGCUUUUGCUCAGAAUUCACCGGUGCCACGGACGUGAAUCGAACGCGCGAGCUACUGGCACAGGUGGAUCGUACAUUCGAAGAAGUUGUAAGAAAAAGGCUGUCUAAUGCCACAGCAAUCCAACAACAGGCGGACAGCACCGACGAGCAGAAGCAGCGGUACAGGCGACGGCUUCGGGCAAUGCGAGACAAGGAUCCGGGCUUUGUGCUCAGGGUGUACAGCGAGCACGAAAUAACGGAGCUGAAGACGAUGGUUGCCGACAUACUUGCCAUGGACGAAAGAAACGGCGACAGCGAAGGCACGGACUGGUUUUGGAACAUGCUGCCGCGCCUUCUUGAGCUCCGGGGAGAUAUGGCUGAGGCUGAGAGGGAGCUCGCAAGGCAAAGAAGGGCGGCUAAGAAACCGAAAAACAAAAGAGACUCUUCACUAAGCCAGCCACAGUCCUUCCUGCCUGUUCCUCUCUCGAUCUGGGACCUAUACUACCAUCAGUACAUCUGGAUGCAGUCGGCGCUCAACUUUCGGCCGAUCGGAUCGUGGUAUGCGUUCAGUAUCCCGAUCGAAGACGAGGCAGAGACGGAGGAUUGGCAGCUCCGAAUUGAACAGCGAAUAUGGCUUCAGGAGCACUUCUGCUUGACACUGGGAACAAAAAGAUGGCUUCCGUUUCGCCAAGCUAUGAUUCCAGCGUACUGA